AUGAAACAUUCUUUAUCUAAGAAAAAAGGUGAAUGCGGCCUAGAAGAGGACACAACUGGUUUAGGAAGUGUGAAAUCUCCGUUUCAAACGUCGCUGGAACGUCAUACCCUGGCAGCACCACAUGAGGAAUUACAACCAUUUCAGGAGGACUCUUCAGAAUAUGACACAAACAUCAUAACGUCACAGCAAAGGCUGACAAGAGGCAGCUCAUCGACACACGGUGCAGUUUUGAAGACUGAAGAGAAAGAUCAGGCUACACGACAAAGACGUACACCCAAACUAUAUUUUUUCCAUCAAAGCGAUAUCUUAUCUUUGGUACAACCGGCCACAUCAUCUGUUCGUGAACAAUCAAGUAGAGAAAACGGAGGUGUGGUUCUUUCGGCGACGAAAGAAAAGUCUAAUGUAGCUUCUGCGCAACAUUAUUGUAUAAGCAAACCAUAUUCAGGUGGAGUUCACCCCCGUCUUCACCCCAAAGAUAAGUUUCGCAAGGACUCCACGACCGUUCCCACGUUAGAUGUCGCGCCCCAUGGCAGAUUCCCAUUGAAGGCAAGCUCAGAGGAGUCCACAUUCUUCCCGAAAAACCCUAAUAAAAAGCAACCCAGCCCCACAGGGACUCAUGGCGGCUCUCGCCUUGUGACGGACCCUGUCUUUUCUCAAAUGCUAAGCAUGCUUUCGAAAAGCCGAAAACGAGCGUUGCGGUGCCAAUUUAGGGGUCUCACUGAAGUCUAUGGUGCACCCGGGCACAACGCGGAGACUGUGGCGCAUCCGCAACAAAUAGGGCCAUCGCGCCGCGCGGUUUCAUCCUCGGUUCUUGCUUCCGACAACGUCUCCAUCGCGAGCGAGGCAGAAGGCCCCCCCCCCUCUUCCACUUCCUCCACUUUUCAUUACCCGGGGCUUCCCCAAUUCAUCCCGCAAACGUGCGCGCGUUCACGCCGCCGAACCUUACAGGGGUUUGGCCCAUCAACGCGCAAAUCGCGCACGGGGGCCGUGUCGGACAGCGCGAUCGCGCCACUGCCUCCUUUUGAGGCUCACCGCGGGACCCUUCUCCGGACUCCCCGCCUGCGGUCUCCUAAAGGGGGGGCCUACCGGAGAUUCUCCUCCAACAAAGCGCGGGAGUUCGCGACUUCGCCUUGGCCCCCAACAGAGGCCCCGUGUCUGACUGUGACGUCCCCUCCGCGCGCCUUGCGGGGUGCGUCACGGGACACGCGGACGACUGCAGCCGUGCGCAAGCCAUCACUGGUGCAGGGCCCUUCGCAGCGAUGGAAAGGUGGCGCUCGGCUGGGGGAAUCAGCGUGGGAUCCGUCGGAGGGCAGUUCAACAACUCCUGCCGUGGCUGUAGCUGAGGAAGAGGGAGACGACCCCGAAUCAACGUCGAUUAUGGUGGAUUUUAUGCCCAAGGGGCGCUAUAUUAUCAUGAAUUUUUUAUCUAACUGGGGGGAUGACUACGAAAUAGGGAUUAGUGGCGUGGAGUUUUUUAACGAACACGGCCAGAGUGUCAUCCCAGAUGAGACUACUGGAUCGUCUUCGUUGAAUGUGCACCCUCGCUCGGUGAUCUCAGCGGACGAUAGUGCAGCUACCCAGGAAGGGCUUUCAGCAUCAGUGAUACAUCCUCAUCAGACCAUGGAUAUCGACUCAAGACAGGUGGUAUCUCUCAUGCACACAACACGGGAUGGCCUCUUGAAGGUAUUGGCAGAAUAUUCUUCCACCGGAGAAGAAUUUAUUGCGAUGAGCAGCGCAAGCUCUAUAGAGGAGUUCUGCAGCAACUCGCGACGGCAACUUUGCAACAUCAUUCAUGGCCCUUACAAUACACACGACGAGAACGGGAUGUUUGCCAUCCCAUAUACCCACAGCCACAAUCACCUUAUCUGCUUUAUGUUCUCAACACCUAUUACUCUGAGCAUGAUUCGUAUCUACAACUAUUCUGGAAAGGGCCGAGUGCAUACGACGAAGGGUGUCCGCGUCGCUGAGAUCACCGUAGAUGAUAUUCUUGUCUUUCAUGGUGAGAUUGCGCAAAGCAGCGGUGAAUGGAUUACCGACCCAUUACAGAGGGGUAUCAAGAAUUGUGAAAACAUCCUCUUUACACAGGACUUGUGCAUUCUGCGACGUAUUCUAGGUUUAGGACAUAAAGCGGAUGACAGUGUGAAUUGCGCAUAUAGGGAUGAGUAUGAGAAUAGUAUCUCUAGAGACUUUGAUGAAGGGGGUUGGCGACGUACAUCCUCACAGUCCAGUACUGGGCAUGGUGAGCGACCUCAGACGAGUUCUAAUCAUACUACCAGGGGCACUACUUUUCUAUUUUACAGCGACAGCGAUCAGGCGCAGAACUACGUGGGUGGAAGACUGCCUGUAACCACUUUGAGUUCUCAGCUCUCCGUUGGCCACUCCACGGCUGGCACUUUGUCAUCCUCACUGACGAAUAAGUUGCGAGCGCGACCAAGCACUACGAGUAUGGUUCAAAAAGACCAAUCCUCGUCUCAAGUCACGGACCAAUGCACGAGUAUCACUCCCCCCACUGUUUCGUUGUCUAAAUCCCUAUCUGAAUCCACAAAAAUGACCAAAACGCCGCCCAUGAAGCCAAGUUUGGUCAACACGUCGUCUUCCAACGACAAUGCCUGGGUUGGGGCGAUUGGUGCGGAGGGCAACGGGGACCAUUCCCAAUUUGUUUGCAAUGCUUCGCAACACUAUACAUCGGCCUAUCCCUCAGAAUGCCCAAAGCAGGUUCGCAGCGCGUGUUUUAUGUUGCUUUCAACGUGGGGUGAUACUGAGCAUAUUGGCCUCAGUGGUCUGCGGUUGCGCGAUGCGCAUGGAAACUGCAUCAGCGCGAGCCUGCGGAGUGCGUCAGUACAGUACCCGGACGGCUCCUACAUGACCCUUGAGAAGCAGAGGUCCUUUCAAAACCAAGUUCGACACUUAUUCGACGAAUGUCCCGACACUGCCUGCGUGUUGCCUUUCUUUCCUGGGAUGGAGCUACUCCUGAUUUUUGACAAGCCCAUCGAAACUCUCGGCUUCUUGGACAUCGCGAACUACUCUGUCGGGACGCACACCUACUGCGGGGUGAAGGAGGUACGGCUCUUUUUAUCGGUCGGAUCAUCUUCAUCCUUUUCCACUGCGGAGCACGGGCUCUCCGAGCCGCCGCAGCCUUUAAUUUACCAGCAUUUGUGGACUUUAGCGAGUUCGAGGAGGAGUCGUCGGGUACUUCAACAGGCCGGUGUGCUCGAGAUCACGCCGAGCGAGGGCGUCGUGCUGCGGAAGGCCCCUGUGAACUUCAACCGCGCCCGUUUUCAGACUUACGACCUCUCUCUCGGGAACUCUAAUGGAGAUGAGAUUGAAAUUACCGAAUGGGGUGAUGAUGGCAGCUCCAGGGUCGAGCAGAUGGAUCGCUUCUAUAUCGCGGUCGGCCCGGGGACGGGCGGUGAUUCUGCACCCACCCCGAUCGGACUUUCCAAAGACGAAGGGGGUGCCAAAAUGCGGUGCAUUCCCACUUUAUCAGGGACCGGCUGCACCCGGGAGGGGAGUUUGAGUGCGUCGAUGAACAUUCGCGCGAUGAUGGCGAUGCGGCGCGCGCGUAUGCUGCUGCGGGACUGGCCAGACUGGCUUUUGGAUUACCAACCCUACAUUACUCCUUUACUGCCCGUUGGGUAUGUGUUGAAGGUGUGUUUGACCAUCUGUGCACGCUCGGUUGGCGCCAGUGCGAGUUCUCGCGAGGCCACCGCGGGGCCACCCUCGCUUUCGUCAGGGGAGGCCGCCGGAAGUCCUUUCCCAGCCGCCGCGGAUUCCCUGAAGGCGUAUUUAAAGGAGUGGAUUCUCUCCCCCCUCGCGUCCUGCUCCAUCGUUAAUGAGGACGGGAAGAUUAUUCAGGUGCCCCAGCGGGGCCAGGAGGGGGUAAGGAGUGAACAAAACCCGGACGGGAUGCGCCUGACGGAGGAGGACAGCCAUGUCCUUAACUUUUUGCGAAAUCACACCGAGACGGCGCCCUUGUCCGACGAGGAUGCGGGCGGGGAUGGGUAUUUCACGAUGAACAUGGUCGCGGAGAGUUUAGUUUCCACCUCGCCGACGCUUCUAUGGCACCCCAGCCCCGAGGCCGCCUCGACGCAGCUUCAGGUUUAUGUCGAGUUGGCGUACGUAUCGGAUACGCCUUUUUGUCUAUCCGUUUUGGGAUUGAACCGUCCGUUGGUGCUUGAUGGGGCGGCGGCGUGGGUGAAGAACAUCCUCGUGCGGAUGGACGAUACCUUAAUUUAUGAUAGUGGCGAUGCCGUGUUAAAACUUGCGCAUUCGAGCCUUUCCACGCGGCCUAUUCAGCAGUCUUCAGUCGAUUCGAACCCGCCAUUGCCUCCGUGCGUGUCGUCGCUUAAGCCGAUUAUAUUAUUUUCACUCGACACCAAAAUACUUGAUAGCCUCAGUCAAAACGUGAUAGCCAGACAAAAGACAAGGGUUUCGAGUUAA